GGAAAGUGUUUUCUUUUAGCGUUGGCGUUUUGAUAUUGACCGCAACAUCCCAAGCGCAACCACAAUGCGGGCCGGCGGAGCAUCAUCCGCCGCCGGGUACUGUUGCAGCCAGUACGGCUACUGCGGCACCACCCCGGAGUACUGUUCUCCGAGUUCCGGAUGCCAGAGCCAGUGUUCGCCCUCCGGAGGAGCUCCGCCGGCGACCCCUACGCCGGCGACACCUAGUGCCGGCGGCGAUAUUAGCGGCAUUAUCAGCGAGGCGGUUUUCGACGAGAUGCUGAAGUAUCGGGACGAUCCUCGGUGCCACGCGCCUGGGUUCUAUACGUAUGACGCCUUCAUCGCCGCCGCUAAAUCAUUCGGAGAGUUCGGGACGACGGGGGACUCCGACACCGUGAAGAGAGAAAUCGCCGCCUUCUUGGGUCAAACCUCCCACGAGACUACCGGAGGGUGGGACUCUGCACCGGAUGGUCGAUAUGCGUGGGGUUAUUGCUUUUUAAGAGAAAAUACUUCGGACCGUUACUGUAACAUUACUCAAGAAUGGUCUUGUGCUCCUGGUCAAUCCUAUUUUGGACGCGGUCCUAUUCAAAUCUCUUAGUAAGUACUACUCAUCCCGACCAAUUGAAUUAUACAGCGUACUGAGUGUAAACUCAUUAUGUGAAUCAGUGAUUUUCUAUUCUUUUUUUUCAAAAUAAUACUCCUUCCAUCUGAUCUUCCCGGUUCGCAAAACGAAGAAAAAUUCCAAGUUUUU